ACCGUUGUAGUUGGUGAUUUUUCUUCCCUCCAGUACUAAACUAUACGCACAGAAUACGAUAUAUAACAAUGUGAUAAACCCUAAAACCCCAAAUCACAAAACAUGCAAUCCCUCCCAUUCUUCUCCAUUUCCCGUUGUUUUUCAUCUUCUUCACUCACUCCCAACCUCCUCAGGCUCAAAUCCCUCUACAAAAUCCCAGCUCACAGAAGACCCAGAGCAAUCCAAGAAGCUCAGAAAGUACUUACAGAUUACUUACAUGAUACCAAGAACUUGCCUUUCACUUUUGCAGAGCACAUUGGCAACAACUCCCUGCUUUCUCUCAUUCAAAUCAUCUCCAAAGUUGAUUACUCUCCUAAAGAAUUUAAAGGGUCGCUCAGGAGGUUCUUGAGGUACCACCCCAUUGAUGAAUUCUUGUUUUUUUAUGAGAGUAUUGGUGUUAGUUAUGAUAAAAUUGUGGGUUUUUUGCCUGCUGGUAAGAUGUUCUUGUCUGAGGAUUGUCGGGUUUUUGAUGUUGCUUGUUGGUUGUGGGGGUUUGGGUUUCCUUGGGAUAAGUUGGGGGAGUUGUGUAAAGAGGGGGUUUUUGAGAGGGAAUUGUGUGAGUUGAAUGAAAGGCUUGUGGGGUUGAAGGAGUAUGGGUUUAGUAAUGUGAUGGUUAUUGGGAUUUGUUUGGCUUUUCCGUGUGUGUUGAGUGGGAAAUGUGAGGAUUGUGGUGGGUUGUUUGAUGAUUUGAAAAGGGUUUUUGUUGAUUAUGAUUUGGUUAGUUGUGUGGAGGAAAAUGUGGAUUGUUGGUUUGAAGUUUGUAAGAAAAUUAGGAUAUUUUACGACUUGGGUUGUGUGAAGGGUGAGAUGGGGGAAUUGAUGGGUACAUGUAAAAAUGUUUUCGUUGAGUAUUCGGAAGAAUGUUUUGCUCAAAAAGUUGAAUUUUUUAGAAAGCUAGAUGUUGGUAAGGAGGAAGUAGGGUACUUGCUUCUUUCCAAACCGGAGAUUUUAGGAUUUGAUCUUCAGACUCCCUAUAUUUCGGUUUCUGGGGUUUUGAAAUAUUUGGGGUUGGAAGAAAACAUAUUAAGAUCUGUUAUGGAAAAUUUCCCUCAUGUAUUUGGUAGAAAUAGACUUUCAAAUUUGCCUCGUGUGAUGAGAUCUUUGAAUAUGCAUAAGUGGUUUUUUUGUAAGAUAAGAAAUGGAGACCAUAAUUUGUUAGCUAGCUAUGUUAUUGGCAGUCCCGAGGAGGACUUAGAUCAACAUUAUCUUGAUAACUUGCUAACCAUCCAGGGCUCAAGGUACCAUGUCCAUACACUAGAAAAAUUGGAAUUUCUACACAGUAUCGGGUUUGCUGAGAAUAAAUGUACGGUAAAGAUAUUAAAUCAGAUUCGUGGUCCUGGUCAUGAUCUAAAAGAGCGAGUUGAUUGCCUUCUUCAAUGUGGGGUAGAAUUUCAUAAGCUUUGUAAGAUGAUUCGCGACUCCCCCAAGAUUCUUAACCAACAGAAAGAAGCAAUCGAGCAAAAAGUUAAAUACCUUUGCGAGGAUAUCGGCCAUUCAUUAGAGGACCUUGAAGCUUUCCCUGCCUAUUUGUGCUACAACUUGGAAAAGCGAAUAAAACCGAGAUACAGUUUCCAUACGUGGCUUAAAAAAAAUGGUCUUUGUACAGAAGAAUAUGCUAUUCCUAGCAUAAUUGCUACUAGUGAGAAAAAUUUCAUCUCUCGCAUAUAUCGCAUGCAUCGAGCUGCUCCGAAGUUGUGGCUGGAGCGUUACUCAAACAAAGAGCUUGGCCAAUCCCAGGAGUGUCUUGUAAACUUAGAAGCCUAACCAUUACAAUUUACAGGUGAGUUACAAUCGCUUGUAACUAGGAAAUGUGAAUACUAGGGAGAGAGAUUAAUUGCUAUGGUUGCAAAAUGCCAUGUUUUGGGCAAUAUUAUAGUAGAUGUUUACAUUCAGCAACCAUGAUACGUGUAACUUGAUGUUGUGAAGCUGUUCGAUUUUGAAUUUUUUUAAAAUGAUAUUAUACCAUUCAAGCAUAUA